AUGAAGGGGCACUGGAUAAAGGCGAGGCGAAAAUCGUAUCCAAUUCAAGACUCGAAAAUGGCGAUGAUCCAUGAACUCCCCCAUCAGAGAAAUAUUCAUCUUACUGGCUACUCGAAAUUCGCUGAAGAUAGUCAAUCUCUGGCCUCAGAACUUGCACCUGCUUGUCGCCCACGCAGCUCUAGAAGAGGUUCCAAGCGAUUGUCGAUAAAAGAUGUAUUUAGCUCCUCUAUGCUCUCAGUUCUGAGCCGCUCUCAAUCAACUGGUUUUUCCUCUGAAAGCGACCCCGUUCACCGAAUCUCCACUGGCUCAACCACCUCCUCCAACUCCCGAGAUUCUCGCAAGCGCUCUCGUCGAGCUGCUCAAUCUCCCGUCAUCACCGCCCGCUCAUCUGCUUCUAGCGUCGGAGGCUUUAUCACGGACCAAGUCACGCUGCCUGACUGGACCGGAGACGAUUUCAUUUCCGACUGUUUGACUUCUAUCAAGCCCGGUUUACGGGCCACACCAGCCGCCCUCUCGUCGAGGACGAUUUCCCUGCCGAAUUGUUCUGCUUCGUGUCCAAGUAUGAGUGCCAAAGCACGCUCCCAUACUCGAUCAAAAAGUUCACAAUAA